AUGGCUUCUCUAUCCCAUUAUGUUGUCGCUGUACAUGGUGGAGCAGGUUUUCAUGACCCGAAACAUGACAAAGUCAUCAAGGAGAAUAUGAAGGCCGCAUGUUCCCGUGGCAUCGACCUUCUGUCUAACGGAUCCCAAGUAAUUGACGCAGUCGAAGGCUCCAUAUCCAUGUUAGAAGAUACGGAAUGUUUCAACGCAGGAUACGGUUCGAACCUAACAUGGGAUGGCGGAGUGGAAUGCGACGCAUCUCUUAUGGAAGGCACAACAUGUGCCUUUGGAGCCGUUGGUGCCGUCUCUGGCAUCAAGAACCCGAUAACUGCCGCCCGUCGAGUGUUGGAACAUUCGGGCGUGCAAGAUAGACUUGGUCGAAUUCCGCCACUUUUGCUAGUGUCCGCAGGUGCACAUAACUACGCUGCUUCCCGCGGCUGUCUGGUGAUCCCUCCGAACGAGUUGGUGUCAACGCGUGCGCAAGAAGAAUGGAAGUAUUGGAAAAUUCUGGCUCAAUCAAACGAUACUGGAGACCCGAUUCACGGCGGCGCUGGCCCAUCUCGUCCCAGUGGACUUGAUCUCCGCCAGGACACCGUUGGCGCGGUGGCGCUCUCGGAGAAAGGUGUUGCGGCGGGGGUUUCAAGCGGCGGACUUCUCCUCAAGAUGCCCGGGCGCAUAGGCGAGGCGGCUGUCUUCGGCGCUGGCUGCUGGGCAAGCCAAUCCGAUGAUGGUGAUGUCGUCGUUGCUUCCAGCGUAUCCGGCAUGCGCAGGGGAGCGAAUCAUACGGGCAUCUGUUGCUCGAACCAUAUGCGAGAAAUAUCUGUUGGAGAAUGAACCAGACGUCCAUACAAUAUUGCAAGACGUGCUUGUUGAACCCGCGCAUGAAACCCAAUUCGGAAGCUGGGACGUGGGCGUGAUAGUGAUCACCAAAGACAGAGAGGAAAGCACUCCACAUUUAUGGUGUGCAUUUACCACUCAGAGUAUGGCGAUAGCAUAUGCUUCGAGGCUCAAUUCACGACCGAGAACACGAGUUUUACGCCGGCCCGUAUACGCGGGUCGCAGUGGGACUCGCUCGGUAACCAUUGAAAGCUUACCGUUAGGUGCUGCUUGAACUCCUACUUCAUCGGUCUUAGCUAAUGAUCGCGAGACGCAUUGUCACACUCUCGUCGACUGCUGUAAUCGUAAUGACCUCUGC